AUGGAAUCUAACCCUUUCAUUGUUUCUUGGUGGCCUCUUGCACUUGCAGACCAGGCGCUGUUUCAUGUGUCGUUACAGACUGCAUCUCUUUAUGAGGAGCUGCAGGCACAGAAGGGAUUCCCGAUUUCAGACCUUCUGAUGGUCGAUUCAAUUGCUUUGGUGAGACGAAGAAUUGAAGAUUCAUCAUUAGCAUUCCAAGAUGAGACGCUCGACUCCGUGGUGACGUUAGCCGCGAUUGAGCAUGGGAAGGGGAAUAUUGAAGCUAGCAGAAUGCACAUUGAUGGAGUCAAAAGAAUGGUCAGCAUCAGGGGCGGGAUCGAUGAGUUAAAGCAGAGAAGCCCGCUCACAGCGAGAAUGGUUUCAUGGGUAUCGUUGCUUGUCAUGGAGGAGCCUCAAUUCCCAACUAAGGAUGACUCUGGUCAAGGAGAUGGGAUUAGUGCAAUACCUCAGUGGCAGAUUGUUUCGACAGAUGCGGAGACACACAACGCGAACUUGGAUAAACUAAAUAUCACACCGGCCAUGAGCAACAUCCUGUCCCGACUCAGAAGCAUCUUCCAUCAUUCGAGCUUAACCAAUACGCAGCUGCAUGAUCUAACCUGUUUUGUUAUGCACAAGCUGCUGCUACUGCCUCCAUCCACGGAUGCAAACGCAAACCCAGUGCAAUCAGCCGCUUCUGAGUGCCUCCGAUACGCGACUGCACUUUAUAUGCUAAUCUUACACGGCACCACAUAUUAUUCCCAUGUUGGGUUAGCGAAUGCUAUCAUUCUUCAGCUUAAGAGCCACCUGGCGACAAUGCUGAGAAAUGACAGUAUCCGCGAUCCACUGGGGAUCUGGGCUAUUUCCGUCGGUAUGGUGGCCACUGUUUGCACCAGGAACCACGAAUGGUUCACGGAUCAAGCGUGUGUGGCUGCAGCAGCUCUCGGCUUGAACACAUGGGAGGACGUUCUCACAUAUCUGCAGAGCAUCCUUUGGGUAAGGGUGCCUCAAGAAGAACUCUUCCGCCAGGAAUGGGAGGAAGCCUUAAAGAUGGCUGCAAAAUGA